AUGCAGCGGCGUUCCAGUGACAAUAUCUCAUUCCCGUCGAUGCUGCGGCGUUACGUUGCAGCGGCAUCCGGCGCAUACAUGGCAUCCCUUCGAUGCGGCGGCGACCUCGUGUUAAGGCGGCACUGGGCGCAUGUAGCGACAACUUCGUGCUGUGGCGACGUCCCGUUGAUGCGGCGGCAUCCGGCACUUCAAGUGGCGACUUCUUUUGCAGAGCGUCCUGUCGAUACUGUGGCAAUCCAACAUUCAGCACUUGUUCUGGCAUCCCGGCGAUACUGCGGCGGCAUCCGGGUAUAUUGCGGAAUUCUGAUAAUAUCGUGGCAUCCUUGUACUAUGGUGGCGUCCGAGGUAUAUUGCGGUGUUCUGGUGUUAUUGCGGUGUCCGGAGCAUAACCCAAGUUUGGCCUAUGUUAUGGCAUUCCGGACAUAUUCUGGAGUUCCGACGGUGCCGUGGCGACCUUAUGUCACGGCGGCAUUGGGUAUAUCUGGUGUCGUUCCAGUGGUACUUCGGCAUCCGGAGUAUAUGGCGUCGUUUCGGUAG